UUUAAUUGGACGCGCUGUAAAGAAAAGUCAUAAUCUUUUAUCAAAGAACCAAGAAAACUGAAUCAGUAUAUAAAACCACAUCAAGAAAAAAGAAGAUCCAUAGUGUCUUUCUAUUUUCCUCUGCAUAUUCAAUUGACAACAUGUCGAUAAGAAGUUCAUUUUUUGCUAGAGUUUUUCUAUUUGCUACAUUCAUAACAAGCUCUAUAGCCCAGAGUACUUGUGUCCCUUCUUCAUGUGGCGAUAUUCGAGAAAUAAGAUUUCCCUUCCGAUUGAAGACUGAUCCAGAGCAUUGUGGUAAAAGCGGAUAUGAACUCGAUUGCCAGAACAACCAAACCGUCAUCAAUUACAAGUCGCGAAAAUUCUACGUGCAGGGAAUUAACUACAGAAGCUACACAAUAAGGCUACUUGAUCCCGCCCUAAAAGAUCAGAAAGAAAAUUGCACUGUUUUUCCAGAUCACAGGGCAAGUUAUGAUGCCAUGACUAGCCAAAUAUUUGGUUGGCUUCGUGUUGACAAUGAUAUCAACUAUGUUAACUGUCGAGCUCCUAUCAACUCGCCACCUUACAUUCCUGCAAGUUUUUGUAGAACAAAUACAACGGCUGCCAACUCCGAUUUUAGCUAUCUUCUCAUAGGAGAAAUAUUGCAAUCUUCAGAUUUGGCAGGCGGAUGCAAAGUUGGAACUGUGGCAUGGUCCGCAGCUCCAGGCAUUUCAAAAAACAAGUCGUCUUCGUUAUCAAGCAUUCAUCAAGCCCUGGCUUAUGGCUUUGAACUUUCUUGGAGGCGUGAUUUUUUGUGCAGAGAUUGUGAAGCGAGAGGUGACGCUUACAAUUGCAUUUUGGAAGACAACAACGAUGUUGUAACUUGUGGUCAUUAUUGCAAAGAGUCCACUCCUGUUUCGGAACUUUCUUUCCGAUGCAAAGUCGAGUACUAUUCUGUUUUUGUAUUGUUCUUUGGCGGUAUAGGAAUAGGUGCACUUCUGGUGCUAAGAUUUCUUGUGGGAAUACCAAUCUUGAUUGCAGUUGUGGUGUGGCAGUGCAAAAGACGGAAUUUGUCAACAUCGGAUGAUGAUGGCUUGGGGGAUAAAGCUUCUUCCAGUGAACAAAAUUGUUAGGAUUCUUGAUUUUCAUCAUUGUAUUUGUUAGUAUCCAUGAACAAGCUUUUGUGUAUUUUAUUCAUAACUUUAGGACAAGGUCAAUCUAAUUACUAGUAGGAUUCCUUUCCAGAUUAA